AUGGUUAAGGGCAAGAAAUCAAAGCCGUCUCUGUCGAAUACUUUUGACGACAAAAUCUCAUCGCUAAUCUAUCGGUUGCUCGAUGAAAAGUCGCUAGAGAAGCAAAGGUUGAGUGAAGCACGGAGGGCACGUCGAGGAGAGGACGACAUGGCGGAUGAAAGCUUCUCUGAAGAGGAUGAUUUUGCAGACGUCUCAUUGGCCAGGGAUUUAAGUUUUGGUGAGGUGCUGGCGUUUAUACUAUCCAAAGACCUAUCAAUGCAGCGGGUUAAGAAAGUACUACUAGAAAAAACCGUUGAGAAAGUUUUGAAACAAGCGGUAGCCGAGGAAGAGGAGCAAUUUUCGGCUUAUUUCACCAAGGAGUCUUCAGCAAAAGUCCAGGAUAACGAGGACGAAAAACUGAGUAAACAGAAUCUCAUGGUUGUACAAGACUCAAAUGACUUGAACAGAAGUGUUACAAGCCAAUGGAAACUGGCGAAGACUGCCGACGGAGAGCAGGAAGAAGAACAGAAGAAGUCUUCCUCCAAGAAACGGUCUAAGGAUGGAACCUCGAAACCUAAGAGACAGAAAACACAGGAAGACAGAAGUCCCCCAAGCAGUGAUUUAUCCUCUUUAGGAGGUAUGGACGAUGUGGUGGCACAGUUGAUGGAGCUCAUUGGGCUACCUAUUUUGCAUCCAGAGAUUUUUGCGUCCACUGGUGUGGAUCCUCCUCGCGGUGUUUUGUUGCACGGACCACCGGGCUGUGGUAAGACGUCGAUAGCCAACGCGCUCGCCGGUGAACUUCAAGUGCCGUUCAUUUCGAUAUCUGCACCUUCUGUUGUUAGUGGCAUGUCAGGCGAAAGUGAAAAGAAAAUCAGAGACUUAUUUGACGAGGCAAAAGGACUUGCACCUUGUCUGGUUUUUUUCGACGAAAUCGAUGCCAUCACACCCAAAAGGGAUGGCGGGGCCCAAAGGGAGAUGGAGAGAAGAAUCGUUGCUCAGUUGUUGACAUCUAUGGAUGAACUAUCGUUUGAAAAAACCGACGGCAAACCUGUAAUUAUUAUUGGUGCAACUAAUAGACCAGAUUCGCUAGAUGCAGCUCUGAGACGUGCAGGGAGGUUCGACAGAGAAAUUUGCCUCAAUGUUCCCAACGAACUAUCAAGGUUGCAUAUCUUGAAGAAAAUGUCACAAAAUUUAAAGAUAGAUGGCGAUAUUGAUUUUUUGAAGCUUGCAAAGCUCACGCCGGGUUUUGUGGGUGCUGACCUCAAAGCAUUGAGUACUGCUGCCGGUACCUGUGCGAUCAAACGAAUCUUCCAAAAUUAUGCUUCAUCACCACAAGCGUCCCCCGGUUUGAUGGAAGUUGAUGGCGACUUUGGAUCUGGAGAUCUUGCCAUGGACCUGAAAAACACAGCCAACAUGAUCGAUCCACUUCCUUUAUCGACGGUACAAAAGUUCCUUCAGAAUUUUCCGGAACCAUUGUCGCAGGAGCAGCUGAGUUCGCUUUCCAUAAAGUAUGAAGAUUUUCUAAAAGCCCUGCCCACGAUACAGCCUACUGCGAAAAGAGAAGGGUUUGCUACCGUUCCGGAUGUGAGCUGGUCUAAUAUAGGUGCCUUGAACAAAAUCAGGGUUGAGCUGAACAUGGCCAUAGUACAGCCUAUCAAGCGCCCGGAGCUGUAUGAGAAGGUCGGUAUAAGUGCCCCAGCUGGUGUCCUGCUAUGGGGCCCUCCUGGCUGUGGUAAAACAUUGUUAGCUAAGGCUGUCGCAAAUGAAUCGAGGGCCAAUUUCAUUUCAAUCAAAGGUCCCGAAUUGCUCAACAAAUACGUUGGUGAGUCGGAGAGGGCCAUUCGACAAGUUUUUACAAGAGCUCGUGCAUCCGUCCCCUGUGUCAUAUUUUUUGAUGAACUUGACGCUUUGGUGCCCAGAAGGGACGCGUCUUUAUCUGAGUCGUCGUCAAGAGUUGUCAACACUCUUUUGACUGAGCUUGAUGGACUCAACGAUAGACAAGGAAUCUUUGUGAUCGGUGCUACCAACCGUCCAGAUAUGAUAGAUGCUGCCAUGCUGCGACCUGGAAGAUUAGACAAGACAUUGUUUAUUGAACUUCCGAACUUUGAGGAGAAACUAGACAUCAUCAAGACCUUGACGAGAACAAAUGGGACUCCAAUGGCUGAGGAUGUCGAUCUCGAAACCGUAAUUCGUGAAGAGAGCUGUAGAAACUUUUCAGGAGCUGACCUGGCAGCCCUCGUACGAGAAAGCUCCGUAUUAGCCUUGAAAAGAAGUUUUUUCAAGACCGAAGAAGUCCAUUCAGUUACUGAAAACAAUUUGGAACAAGAAUUUGGCGAGCUCUCAACUUCAUCGGUGGAUGUUAGAGUUACCAUGAAUGACUUUCUACGCGCUCUGAGAAAGGUCAAGCCAUCGGUUAGCGACAACGAAAGAACAAAAUACGAUAGGCUCAACAAAAAGAUGGGGUGGGUAGAAGAUAGUUGA